CGCUCGCCUAUAACCAUGUGAUAACUGUGUGUAUACAGUAAGUGAUCCGUCCAUCUGUCAAUAUGGACCUCGGGGAGCAAGAGAUCUGCUCCAUCGGGAUGACCACCAUGCGAUCUUCCGUCAGCAACUCAUCCGGUAUCUCGUCCCUGGUGUCCUGUGCGACAUUAGAGGAGUUGCCAGAACUGCCAGCUCAUGAUGAAGAACGACUGCAGAGAGCUGCUAGACUGCUGCAGCAACGUCUGAUACUGCGACAGUGGCUGCAGUCACUCUCUCUGCAGCACCAUCACCAUAGGCUGCUGCAGGAAGAUGUGACCUCUCUAGAGGAUGUGUACUGGCUGGAGGACUCACGGGCUCGUUACUUACUAGGGAAAGACUUUGCUGCUUGGAGCGCUGCUCGUCAGGCACUGCCAGUCAAUAAGGAGGACCUUGGCAAGUUGAAGGCUGAACUAUGGAGUGCAGUGGUCAAGAGCAGCCAGCAUCAAGACGCAUGGACUUUUGGAGGCAUGUUGGUGGUGUCAGUAAGUGUGGCAGGAUUGGUAACCUUGGCUGCUAUGACACAACCCUCCCUGGCACCUGAGGCAAAGCACUCCCUUCUGCAGUAUGUAACUGGCAAGUAUCUCCAGCCAGCCAACUGUACAACACACUUUGAGUGGUCUGACCCCUGCGUCGUCGGAGGCACCAUGACCUUCAUUGUUAGGUUCUACCAGCGUAACGGACAGCCGUAUCCGAUCUGUGACACGGACGCACUCACAGUCGAGGUGACGGAGGGGCUGCGUCGCAUCGCUACGUUGGUAGAGCUCGGUGGUAGGGAGGCGACUGCGUACAACCGUGCAGUCUGCAAGUUCACAGUGCGCCAGGCGGGGCAGUACCGUGUGGCAGUACUGGUAGGGAAUGUUCACGUCCAGGGCAGUCCGUUCAACAAGACAUUCCUACCAGGUCCACCAGACCCAUUGAAGACAGCGUUUGUCCGACACAGUUCUACAGUGAUCUGCACAGCCGAAGUGCCUCAUACUCUGGUCAUCGAACCUCGCGACGAGUUCAACAACCUCUGCCACUUCCUCAACGACAAUGACCCUGUCGCUGGAUACACUAUCAACAUAUCUCAGGUACACUUUAUUCCAAUUGAAAAGCUUCAGCUUGUGGUGGUGAAGACUUCGUUUGACUAUGACUCUGUCAGCCUUCGGGUGCGACUGACAGUGACUUUCUCAAAGGAAGGAUGUUUCCAUGCCAAAGUGGCCUUCAAUGGAGUCACUCUCCACAACGGUGAUUUCGACUGUAUCGUCCUCUCCAGCAGUGAUGCAGCCAUGGUCCACAAGAAUGUUCGCAACCAUAACAUCUGCUAUGAGGCGAGACUGCUGACUUUACACGGAGAACGGCUCAGCAAACCUCGCAAAGUCCUUGUGUACGUGUCGCCCAAACAGCUCACCAUCAAGGAGUUCCUGCUCAAGUUCAUACCCAAGCGUCUCGUCACCUUCAGGCUCUGUCCAUCCACCAAGUUUCAGUUCCUGAGUGACAACCGCUGUUCACUGCCAGCGUUCGUCAUCGACGACGGUUGUCAACCCAAGGUUGAGCUGAUGGCCAAGGAUCGCAAUGUCAUCGCAGCCACCUUCACUCACUUUCUGCUCAAAAAUAUCGGAGGUUCAGAAACAUUCAAGGACAAGCAGGCCUUCUUCUAUCACGAAGUUCGUCGGUUUCAUCACAAACAUUAUCAUGAGAAGCUGGCAAUGAGGAUCAACCGGGAUAAACUACUGGAGUCUUCUAUGAAAGCAACUAAGGGAUUUUCUGUCAGUGACUGGUGCAGAAAUUUUGAAAUCACUUUUCAAGGAGAACAAGGUGUUGACUGGGGCGGACUCAGGAGAGAGUGGUUCCAACUUAUCUGUGCCGCUCUGUUCGACCCAAAGAACCAACUGUUCAAAGGAUUCUCUGAUAACCAACAGGCCCUGGUUCACCCCAACGCCAAGCGGCCACCCAAUCUGAAGCUGAAACAUUACGAGUUUGCCGGCCGGGUGGUGGGUAAGUGCUUGUACGAGAGUGCGCUCGGUGGAGGCUACAGACAGCUUGUCCGAGCUCGAUUCACUCGAUCCUUCCUCGCUCAACUCAUUGGCCUCAGAGUGCAUUACAAGUAUUUCGAGCAGGACGACCCAGAUUUGUACCUCAGCAAGAUAAAGUACAUCCUGGAACAUGAUGUAGAGGACAUGGAACUGUACUUUGUAGAAGAAGACUACGAUCAUCUUGGCCAACUUACAAAGAUCGUAGAGCUGAUUCCCAACGGCGCAGCGACCAGGGUGCACAACACCACUAAGCACCAGUACCUAGACGCCCUGGCACAAUACAGGCUGGCCAACAGUCUUAAGGAAGAGAUAGAGUGUUUCCUACGAGGACUGAACGACCUCAUUCCCGACAAUCUUCUCAGCAUCUUUGAUGAGAAUGAACUUGAGCUGUUGCUUUGUGGUACCGGGGAGUACAGUAUUGCUGACUUCCGCACCCACCACAUCAUCAAUGGUUCCAGUCCGGAGUUCCGUCGUGUCUUGGACUGGUUCUGGACAGCUGUUAGUAACUUUACUCAUGAGGAGAUGGCAAGGCUGCUUCAGUUUACCACUGGUUCAUCACAACUGCCACCAGGGGGUUUCAAAGAGUUGUCUCCUCGUUUUCAACUGACACCAGCACCAACUUUUGGAAACCUUCCCACCGCCCACACGUGUUUCAACCAGCUGUGUUUACCAGAUUAUGAAAGUUACGAGCAGUUUGAGAAGGCACUACUGCUGGCCAUCAGUGAAGGCACGGAAGGCUUCGGCAUGAUUUAACUCACUCGACAUUGAGCUCGCUUUUAGUACCUGACCAGAUCUCUGUAGGCUAAUGUACGUUCCUGUCUGGUUGUUACUUUUAGGUUAUAAGUUAAUCUAACUACAAGAAGAGGUUGUUUUCUACUAGUUGCAGAACAAGUAAGUGAAGUUUUUUGGUUAAAUGUAAUAAAUUUUACCUCAAUAUUUCAAUUAUUUAUUUAUUUGAUUAUUUUUAUUAAUGACUCAUAAUGAAAAGUUUUUAAAAGUUGACCUUAACGAUACGAGCACUUGUAAAUCGUGAAUUCUUACUGAUAUUUUGUGAAUUAGUGUGGGAUAAAAAUUAUAAUGAAACACAAUAAGAAUUGUUAAAUUUGUUGUUUAGUAUUUAUUUGAAAUAUAUUGCAUGUAUAAGAUACUAACUAAGUUGUAACAAAGACAAAAAUAAUUAAAUAUAGACUCAGCAUUACCAUGGUUACCAUAGGUUCUGGCGCACACCACUGGGAGCGCCGUGUAGUUUACGUAGCGCGUACACCGUAACUACAUGGCGCUCCCAGCAGUGUGCGCCAGAACCUAUGGUAACCGCAGCACAGCUGACGGUCUAUAUUUAGUUCUUUUUGUCUAUGGUUGUAAGCUUUGAAGCCAGGUUGGCAAAUUUAUUAUUAUUAUAUUUUUUUUUCUUUUUGUAAGAAUAUAAUUUUUUAUUGAUCAGAGUUUAGAUGUUUUGUCAGCAUUCAUACAAUACAUCGAUUUUGCUAUAGGCUAUCAGAAAAUACAAAACUUUUGUUUGUGUAUGUUUUCAAGGACCAUUCAAUAAUUAUUGCUUGUGCUACAAUUUUAUUUUAUUGUAUUUAAUUGUAAAAUGAGUGCUAGCUAUUUACCAGCUUUGACUCUCGUCCAAAUGAUAGUUUAUCAUUUUGUAACAUAUCAAAUAUAAGCAAUAAUCCUUAUAAUGUCAUAAGGAAUAUUUGAAAAUUGUACCAAUUUAUAAGAUUUUGCUAAAUUAAACCUUAAGGAUACUUUAUCUUUGUAAGUUUGUAUUGACAUUGUUAAUUUUAAGUCAAUUGUGAUGCAUAGUUUAAGUGUUGAUUUUUAGAUAGGCUACAGAAAUGUUAGGGCACAAAUAUUGUAAAGACCUAAAACACAAUGAAGCAAUCUUUGACUUUCGUUAUAGCUAUGCAACAUGUGUUGAAGAAAUUUUGUUUGGUCACUAAUUUUUUAUUUGAGGCCAGUUUAUCAGUGUUUGAACCUAGAACUUGACAUUUUCUGUUGGUGCUACAAAUUUAUAAGAUUACACAAAUAUAUCCAUUGGAAGAAUAAUGAACAUUUUAAUCAUGCAUUUUAUUUGUUAUUUAUAAAACAGUCAUAAACAGUUCAAGACUAUUCAAGUACUUUGAUUCAAAAUAAAGUUUGAUUAAUAAUAUAUCUAGCAGUUCUAGGUAAAAAAAAGUAUUGUUUCCCACAAGGUCAAGGGAAUAACAUUUGUAUUUACAGUUAAAGUUUGAUAUUUUUCCUAUUUACUGCCAAAGAUUGUAAGGUAUACAUUUAUGCUGAACCAAUGUUAUCACUAUUGAAGCAAUUUUUAUUUCACUGCUUUAGUAAAUAGUAAUGCAGUAGUUUUUGUCAUUUCAGCUUCAAAAUGUUUUUUAAGUCCUAAUAGUAAUUUAAGUCUAUCCAUCAAGUUAAAUGAUCUAUUGACUAGUUAUUAGAGAGCGAAUGUUUAUGUGCUUUUUACUUACUUUGGUUGUAUUUACUGUAGAGUAGUUAUUUAAUCUUGGUUAGACCAUGUCUAUUCAUGGUUGAUAUUUGUCAAUUUUUUUACGAUCUUUGUCUUUAAAACGCCAUACUAAAGUUAUAGAAGAUUAUAUAUUUAUUGAAAAAAGGUAGUGUACAGCUAUUGAUGCUUUCAUAUUUGGUAGUAAUUCUUUGGUAAUUUAGUUAUUUAGAAAUUUCCAACAAAAAGUCUUAAAACUUAAAAAUUAGCGAGACAUAUAAUUAAAAAUUCUACUUAUUUUUAGAUUGUUGCUUUUUAACAAGAUAAAAAAUCCAUCAGAUACAUCAUUCAAGACUCUAGAGCUAUUGACAUUAUAGAAAUUUACGGUUCAUUUUUACAUUUUUUUCUUAAGUUAAAAACAAUUUUGAAAGUAAGACGAAAGCGGAUGACCAUAAGUAAAACUAAUAAGAGACUAAAAGACUAAAAAUGUGUUUGAAAAUCGGGUUUAAAAAAACUUGUAUAAAUGGUGCCAAGAAAUGUCAAGCUUAUCUAAGCUACAUGACUAAGAAUGUGUAUUUAAUCAAUAGGAAAGAUAUAGAAGCUAGAUGGAGUUGAGAUGGUGUAGUAUAAGCAGCUUAUCUGCAAAAUUGUCAAUAAGGAAAAUAAGGCUCAGACCACCAAAGAGAAAACAGCGAACCUAAACAAACUAAAAAUAUUCCACAGCCAAGGGCAAAUAGGUUUGGGAAGUAACUGGGUUUAAAUGGAUUUUACAUUUAGCUAAAUAUAUCUGUGUAAGCUUGUUGUCGCUAACUGAUUCAUUCAUAAAACAAAUUCACUAUCUGAUUGAUGUCAGAGCAUGUACUGCUGAUGUUGAGAAUGUACGUUUGAUAACAAUUAAGAAAGAGUAAGAAUUUACCAGCAGUGAUAUAUAUGUUUUCUUUUUCUACCACCGCAUGGAAAUGAUAACAUUGCCACAUCUGUCAACAGUAUGCAAAAUAGGUCAUUUACGCUCUAGAGGGGGAUGUAUCAAUCCUGCUCGCUAAUCAGCUGUUUUCACUGUUGUCGUUUCUACAACAACCACACCCGUAAGCAAAUAAGAUGAAUUACUCUAAAAAAGCAAAUGCAAACAUAACGUAAACUACAUUUUAUAUACAGUACAACUAAAAAGUUAAUCUGUGUGUUAUGAUAAGCUAAUUAUGGUGGUAGGAAAGAUCUUAUGUGAAUUAUGAGCAUGAACAGUAAUUGCUGCUCUCAAAUGUUUCAUUUCAUGUUUAAAAAAAGCUAACUAUUUAUACACUAAAAAAAAUGAAAAAUUUUAAUAUUUUUUAGUGAAGUUUUAAUUUUUUUAGUUAGUUUCACAAUAUACUUAGUUUUCUUAUACCAUAAACUGUGCUGGUCUGGUGGAUAUUGUGUGGUACUUCUAUCAAACCCCGCCAUUGGCACAAUGUUUAGCUUUGAGAAUGCCAUCAUUGUAAUUUGUAGCCCAUCUUAAGCUUAAACUCAACCAUUGACAAAAUAAAUUACAUCUCUCUCUAGUGUCUGUAAAUAUAAAGAUAGGUCUAUAAAACCUACAAUGUUUUUAACGCAAACUGAAACUAGAUUUGUCUAUGUUAUAAACAUCCAUGGUCCCCAACAACUCUUGGCCAGUACUACUGAAAAGUAGUAGGUAUCACAUUUGUAGUGUGCAACGGGUUUGAACAAAUAUAACACAUUUAUUUGGUCAGUUUAAAUUAUCCAAAGGGUUUAUCUUUUGUAAAAAUAUUUUUUUGUAUUUUUUUUACUAUUGUGUUUUUAUAAAAUUAGGAAUUCCACCUUAGAUGCUAUUUCUUCUUGUACAUCCAGCUAGUUUGUAGAUCUUCAAGAAGUGCAGUGUUUCAAAAUUGAGUAGUACAAUGAGACAAACAUUUUUAGUCAUUUAAGAAAACCAAAGUCAUAAUGAGCCAGACCAACAUAAGGAAAAGCUUAAAUUGUUAUCAGCUUUCAACUAGAAAUGUGUGAUGAGAUAUUUAUAUUGUUGACGCUAGUAUUUUGUUAGUUACCAGUAUAAUGAGAUAAGCGCAUACAAGAUAGUAUACAAAUUCAAUGCAAUAAAGAUU